UUUCGACCAGAUGAAUGAAUGAUAGGAGAAAAGAAACCCUGCACUUCACCGCAAAAUGAAAGUGAUGUUGUUGAACAACCUUAAACGACAUUUCUGUUCCAACAUCACAACAACCUUAAACUCCUCAAAAAAGGAAAUUCCUUGUCGCUACAAGAAACUUGUAGUGUCACAAGCUCAAAAAGCACUCACUGAAUAUCUCCACUCCACAAGAUCCAUCCCUUAUGCUUUUGCGGAUCAGAUUUCCAAAAACUCAUUUCAUUCUCUCUCUAAUCUCAUUUCAAAGUUGGGUUCCUUUUCACCAAAAAAAUUGGAUUCUUUCACCAAAAAAAUUGAAAAGUUCUUAAGGUACAACCCCAUCAAUGAGUUUGAGUUUUUCUUUGAAAGCAUCGGAAUUCAUCAUACACAUAUUUCUAGUUUGUUGCCGAAUGAUAAGUUCUUUUUUUGCGAUGAUGGAUCACUUCUUGAUUCUGCUUGUGUGCUUUGUGAAUUUGGGUUUCCUUGGGAUAAGCUUGGUGUGAUUUAUACGGAGAGUGGUUUUAUGUUUAGGAAAAGUGGUUCUGAGAUAAAGGGUAGGCUUUGUUUGUUGAAAAGAUAUGGUUUUUGUAAUGUGCAAAUUGUUGCGAUUUGUUUGACUUUUCCUUUUGUUUUUGGUGUGGAGGAAAGGGAAUUUGUCGAUGAUGAGGUUGAUAGGUUGCUUUCUGAUUUGAGGUUGGUGUUUUUGGAUUUUGAUUUGGUAGGGUGUGUUGAAGGGAAUGUGGAUGUUUGGUAUGAUGUUUGUAGGAAAAUUAAAGUGUUUUAUGAUUUGAGUGAUGGUAAGGGAAAGAUAGGUGAACUCAUUGGAAGGAAUAAACAUUUGAUUCUUGAGUAUGGAGAAGAGGAGCUGAUUGAAAAGGUUGAGUUUUUUUGUAGAUUCAGUGUCGAGAAGGAGGAAGUAGCUCGGUUGAUUCUACAAGGUUUGGAGUUGUUGAGUCUCAAUUUGGAAGCGACGAUUAACGUGUUGAAGCUGUUGAAACACAUUGGAGUGGAUUCUACAGGUCUUGGUGAUGUGAAGAAGAACUAUGCUUAUGCGUUGGGAACAAUAAAAAUGGCGAAUCUUCCCAAUGUGAUGAGGGCUAUGGGUUUACGUGAAUGGUUUUUCGAUAAAAUCAAGGAUGGGAAUCAUAAGCUUUUAGUGGAUUUUAUCACAAGCUAUCCCAAUGAAGAGCCUGAUAAAGGUUAUCAAAGUGGUUUUAAGGCAAUUCAUGAUGCAAGGUUACCGUCUCACAAUAUGAGUAAAUUAAAUUUCAUGCAUACUAUUGGCUUUGGUGAAAAUGCUAUGACCAUGGAUAUCUUAACUCACAUGCAUGGAACAAGUGAAGAGUUACAUAAAAGAUUUGAUUGCCUUCUACAUUUAGGGAUUGAAUUCUCAAAACUGUGUAAGAUAAUCACAAAGCUACCAAAGAUUCUAAGCCAAAACCCUGAAACUCUAGAGAAAAAGAUUAAUUUCCUAUGUCAGGAUAUGGGACACUCCUUAGAGCUUUUGGACACUUUUCCGGCGUUUAUAUCUUUUGACUUAGAGAACCGAAUUAAGCCAAGGUUCAGAUUCCAUAUGUGGGCUUUAGAAAAGGGAUUGUAUUCAAAAAACUAUUCCAUUGCAAGCUUGGUUGCGACUAGUGACAAGGGUUUUGUUGGCCGUGUUUUUAAAAUUCACCCAGCUGCUCCAAAACAUUGGUUUGAGCAAUUCUAUCCCAAUAAAUUUCGAGCUUCAUGAUCGUAUCACUGUUGUGCAUGAACUCUACCAUUGUUUUCCAAUUCAAUUUGCACAGAUCUCACACUAACCUAUUCUUUGCUCUCUGAUAAAAGUGACAAAUUUACCUAAAAAUAUUUAUCUUGCUUUACUUCAUUUUCUAAAAUCAGAUGUUAGUUUGCAGACAAAGAAACUUCAAAUUCUGUUAGUUAAUACCUAUGCUUAUUCGAAGUGAUUAUAUUAGAGGUAUGAUAGGUAGAUAAUCCUACUUUUUUGCAUGAUUUAUUUCAUUGUUUUGGUAUUCUCAAAUGAACUUGUUUUUUUUCCCUUUUUUAUUCUAAAAUUGUAUAUAAGACAGAAAGAAGUUACCGAGUUCUGUCAUGAUGUAUAGGAUAAAAUUCCUUGGAAUCUAUACGACUUUUUGUAAGAUAGUAAUAGCCAAAGGUUGACUUAUAAUCUGGUACUAAGCGGGUAGGUAAAUGACAAGAGCCCUACACACUUGUGCGUGCACACACAUUCUACAGGCUUCUUAUACAUCGCCAAUUGGGGUUGGGUUUCAGGGUUGAUCUUCUUACUUCUAUUCAUUACAACUAUAUGUAACAUUAAUGAUAGGUGCAGUUCAAAUGGAUUAUAUUUUACACUAAAACAGUCCAAUGUUGUCAAGUAGUGGCUAUAGCGCAGUGGAAUUCAAACAAAUUAUUGUUGUUCUGCGAUACGCUAUCUAGUACAAAGUGUUGUCAAGUAGUGGCUACAGUAGCCCUAUAGCACUGCAUUGUGACAGAAUUUGAACAAACUACUCCCUCCGUCUAUUAAUCAUUGUCACAUAUGACAAUUUCACAUAAAUUAGGAAAGCCUGAUAAAUAAAAGAGAAUGGAGAUUUUACUAAUUUAUCCUUAUAAACUAUUGGUUGUAUUCACAUAACAAUAAAGUUGCAUUUGAAACCAAAAAAGAGAAUCUUUUUGGGACAAAUAUUCUUUGCAAAUGUGACAAUUAUUAUGGCACAGAGGGAGUACUAUUUUCCGCGAUUUGCAAUUUACAACAAUGAAGCAGUCUCAUAAGUGAUAGUUGCUCUAUAUAUACUCUAAAAUCCUUGGAUGAACCAUGUUAAGUGGUCAUUAUGCAAAGAUACAUAAAAUGUUUGAAUGGAGUAAUUAUUUCUUAUGGUUUUCCUUUCAAGAGGUUAUCUAGCAUUCUUUAAAUAGUGAAUGGGUUACUAUUUAUGACUAGCAUUCCUGAGUGUUGCUGUUCUAACCAUAUCUUUUGAUGUUUGUUUUUUCUUCUUUUUCGGUUUACUUGGUUAUUCGUAUGUUUUUGCAUAUUACACUCACUCUUCUUGAGGUGUUAGAGAGUUAUGCCCCUUUUUUACUUUAAAAAAAACAAUUCACUUUGGUACUCUCUUCGUACCUUUUUAGUUGUCGUUUUAACGUUAUUUACACAUAAAAAAACAAUUUUGUUACUUUUGAUGGAAUUAUUUGCUUUUUUUUUUGCAGUACUCUUAACUAUUUAUUAUCUCAUUUCAUCUGUUUAUCUCAUGUGAUAAAUAAGUAAGGGUUGCAGAGAUGAGGAUGUUGCAGUGGAUGUGUGGUAACUGGUAAGACUAGACGG